CAAUUUGGUGUGCUCUCUUAGCUGAACUUUAAAAGCUAAGUGAUAAGAUUCUUAAAUAAUAUUUUAUAAUAGUAAGCUCUUUAUGCCAUAACCAUAAUUAAUGAUUGUUUCCAACUUUAGAUAUGAGCCAGUGAAACAAGAUAAAACUAGGAGGAAAGGGAACUAUUAAAACAAAAUAUUUUGCAGCUCUUUAUCUUCUGAUUUUUAUACUUUUGAGAUAACCUGUUUUAUUGUUUCAGGGCAAGAUGAAGAAUGAAAUUGCUGCUGUGGUCUUCUUUUUCACAAGGCUAGUUCGAAAACAUGAUAAGUUGAAAAAAGAGGCAGUUGAGAGAUUUGCUGAGAAAUUGACUCUAAUACUUCAAGAAAAGUAUAAGAAUCAUUGGUAUCCUGAAAAACCAUCAAAAGGACAGGCCUACAGAUGCAUUCGAGUCAAUAGAUUUCAGAGGGUUGACCCUGAUGUCCUGAAAGCUUGUGAGAACAGUUGCAUCUUGUACAGUGACCUAGGCUUGCCAAAGGAGCUCACUCUCUGGGUGGACCCAUGUGAGGUGUGCUGUCGAUACGGGGAAAAAAACAAUGCCUUCAUUGUUGCCAGCUUUGAACAUGAGGAUGAGAACAAGGACGAGAUCUCCAAGAAAGUUACCCGGGCUCUUGAUAAGGUUACUUCCGAUUAUCAUUCGGGAUCGUCUUCUUCAGAUGAAGAUACCAGUAAGGAAGUGAAACCCAGUACAGAGACUGCAACUCCUAGCCCUGUGUACCAGAUUUCAGAGCUGAUAUUCCCACCUCUUCCAAUGUGGCAUCCUUUGCCCAGAAAAAAACCAGGAAUGUACCGAGGGAACGGUCAUCAAAGUCACUACCCACCUCCAGUUCCAUUUGGUUUUCCAAAUCAGGGAAGGAAGAAUAAACCUUAUCGCCCAAUUCCAGUGACAUGGGUACCUCCCCCUGGGAUGCAUUGUGACCGAAAUCACUGGAUUAAUCCUCACAUGUUAGCACCUCAUUAGCUUUUUUUUUUUUUUUUAUUCUGUUAGUGUCAUGUUGAAAGACAGGAUAACCUUGACUGUGUUCAGAGUUCAUAUUCAUAGUAGUAAAGUUAGGUGGACUAAACCAUCAAACUUAUUUUUAUAGAGAAGUUACUGAGAAUAAUCUUUUCUUAUAUAUAUAUAUACAUGCACUUUAGAUAUAUUGAUAUAGUUUGAGAAACUUUAUUAAAGUUAGUCAAGUGCCUGAGUUUUUAAUAUUGGACUUGAGUAUUUAUAUAUUGUGCAUCAACUUUGUUGAAUGUGAUAACACUGUAGGAGUGGACAAUCUGUUUUAGCACCUUUGAGCAUUUAUUUUAUGGAAAGUGUAAGUUAUUUAUACACGCAGAUACCUAUUUUAUGUUAUUGUUUAGAAGACUUGCUUAAAAUCAUGUAGUUGCAAAUAAAAAAUAGUCUGAGGCA